ACGUGUUGGAAAUUAUUCUGCGCCGCCCUUGGAAUCUUAGAAGCUGCCGUUUACUCAUGUACGUUAUUCGGAUGGCCAGCAUACGUGUAUAUAUUCAUUGAGGAAAAAUUUUACUUCUCCCGUUGUCACUUUGAUCCCAAAGUCAAUGCUAGUAUUAACACGGUAGAACAUGCCUGUAGUGUUCUGGGGAAUUGCACAGAAGAUCAGGAUGCAGAUCGCGUUCAAAAGUGUACUGAGCAAGAAGAGAUGCUAAAUCUAGUUUACACUGUCGCUAUAAUCUGCUUAGCGUCUCUUCCCGUGCUGGGGUAUAUCUAUGAUCACUGUGGUACAGUGUGUGUGAGGAUCCUAUCCGUAUGCCUGUGUGCUGGUGGAUUCUUCCUGAUGGCAUUAGCUGAGAGAGGAAGAGAAUGGCUGUUGUUCCCUGGGGCUGUAUUUCACCUGGUGGGAGGCAUCCAAUUGGCAGUUACUGACGUCCAAGUGGCCGUACUAUUUCCUAAGCUAAAGGCAACACUCAUAUGUCUGAUUUCCGGUGCCAUAGACGUCAGUGGCUUUGCUCCUAUUCUCUUAAAGCUGACGUACCAGGCAGGGGCGUCGUACAAAACGUUCAUGUUCACCUUUGCCGGUGUGAUACUUUUUCUGUCUUCUGUCAACACAUUCACCCUUCCACCUAGACAGGAUGACGACGGGAACAACAUUGACAUCGCCUGUUGUUUUAAGAUACGCAAGCGGCAAAGAAGCAAAACAGAAUCGUCUAAACCGAACACCAGCACUUGUACAAACGCUGAUCAUGUACCUACAGCAAAUGAGAGGCAAAGUGGUCAUCAGGUUUUAGAGCAAGGUUUGUCAAACGCAGCAUACAUGCCUGAUGAUGUAAGCACAGAACCAAAGUGUGGUGUUCCUUCCAUCGGAAGUGCCACUCCAGAGUUAGCAAGUAAAGAGAAAGCAGAUGGAGAUGUCACUCGGGAAAAAGCUGAUGACAUUAUUUGUCAAGGCACUAGUUGUCAACAUGAGAAUAAUACCAAUCAUACAGAAAUGCGCGUUGAUGGAAUUGGGCAGAUAUCAUGCAGAAUAGAAAACUCUCCAGGCAAGGAAAAUGGCGAAAGUGCUAACAACUGUUUUCUACAUGACACGUUACUGAUUAUCAAAAGCCCCUCUUUUUGGAUGCUAAUGCUGUGGUUUCUGUGCCAAAAUACCCUCAUUGUCACAUAUCAAGGCAGUUUUUAUGCAAUUAUCAAUUACUAUGGAAAUAAUGUCAAAGAUAAAGUAAGUACGUAUACGGACGUGUAUUCCUGGUUCCAAGUGGGUUCUUUGAUCUGGGCCUUGCUGAACGGUUUGAUGUUGGACAAACUUGUUUCCAGAGCAACCGCGGAUGACAAAGAGCGGUGCUUCGUGGUUCCAUUUUUCAUCACAGUUUUGGCAGGACUAAUCGCCUCCAUUGCGUGCAUCAUCCCCAUUAUUGAGAUGCAGUUUGUGGCCAUUUUGUUUCAUUCUAUGUUGAAAACCGGGAGUUAUGCCUCCCAUUUGGCAUAUAUAGCCUCCACGUUUCCAAAGGAACAUUUUGGGAAGACCUAUGGAAUACAAAUUGGUAUCGGAUUUUUGUUCACCUUUAUUGAAUAUCCAAUAUUCGCCUGGUAUAAAUACAGCCUGGAAAGUGACCCAUUCUGGUUGGGAUUACUGUUCCUGGGAAUAUGUCUCACCGCCAGCUGUUUGCCUUUUUACCUUCUUUGGCGUCGGUGUCGCUACACGAGGUCUAACAGCUACACGCUUUAAAGUUCCAGCCAGCACGUGAGACAGAAUGGCUGCAGCUCCUCCAGACAAGACGAGUGUUCUGCUACAUAUACUCCUGCACCAUGAUAAUACAGUUUUAACCAAGACGUUCAACUCAUUUGGAAGUAUACUGCCCAGUUAAUGUAAUCUCUCCUACAUGUAAAUCGGGAACUACAUGUAUAUACAUCUACAGGAACAGACUCACGGAUAUUUUUUGACAGCCUUCCAAAUUAUCACUGUUGAUCUCUCCUCCAUUUCUGACUGCCUUCCGACAGAAAAAAAUAUAUAUCCAUCAUUUUAAAUUCUGAUCAUCUUCCGAGACUCAGAAGCCUGCUUUCGUCCGGCGCUAUAAGACAGGAGAGACCCGACUUUGACUACGCUAAUCUUGAUUGCACACCCAAACCAAAUGCAGAGGUGCGUUUCACAUGCUGAA